CACCCAUGAGGGUAGUCAGUGUGAGCAGAGCGGGCACAGUGUAAGGGGUGUACUGCCUUUAUCCCCUGCCAUCCCUGCUGCUGCUCACACACGCCCUGCCUUCACCCACCAGUCUGUCAUACCUGUGCUCACCGCCGACACAUUACAUCUCGUAAACAGUAUACGUGUACUCAAGUGAUUUCUUGGCAAAGAAAUGUGAUAUAUUGUUAUUUUGAGUUAAGUGUAGUGAUCAAAUAAGGCAGCCCAGGCAGCGGUAAAAGAUGUACUUUGGAAGUAUGGUGAGUGGUGGCCAGGGUAGCAUGGCGCUGAGGGUGUCGCUGCUGGUGGUGAUGCUGGGGGCAGCAGCAGCUGCUGUCAGAUGCCCUCCCAAGUGCUUGUGUUUCCGCACCACUGUCCGAUGUAUGUUCCUCGGCCUCAAGAGGAUACCACACGUGCCACCCAAGACCACCAUUCUGGAUCUGCGCUUCAACAAGAUCAGGAGUAUCCCCACCAACCACUUCAAGGACCUCAAACAUCUCCACACCUUGUUGCUGAACAACAAUCACAUCACUCGCCUACAGAAUGGUUCCUUCUCUGGGCUAGAGGCUCUGCGUUACCUGUACCUGUAUAAGAACCGGAUACGGGUUAUUGAGAGCCAGGUGUUCCAAGAGCUGGACAAGUUGGAACAACUGUACCUUCAUUUCAACGACCUUGCAACAUUCGAGGCUGACACCUUCUCCAAUUUGCCCAACUUGGAACGGCUGUUCCUACACAACAACCGUCUCCAGAGGGUACCCCAAGGUGCCUUUGCAAACCUCCAAGCACUUAGACGACUGCGACUGGACUCUAAUGCCCUGGUGUGCGACUGUCAACUGAUGUGGCUGGCCAAUAUGGUGAAGGAAAAACAACAUACUACUCAAGUUGCCGCCACUUGUCAGUUUCCGUCAGUGCUUCAGGGCAAGAGCCUUACUUCCCUGAAUGACUCAGAGUUUGAAUGCCGCGGUAAACCAUUCAUCAAGGAGGGACCCACUGAUGUGGAUGUCAAAUUCGGAGGCACUGCGUAUUUCACAUGCAAAGUUGAUGGUGAUCCACAGCCUGAGGUCGUAUGGUUCCAUAAUAAUGAGGUGAUAGGUGACAAUGAGCGCUACAACAUCCUCACCGAUGGAACGUUAAUGAUUGAAAACACCCAGGAUGAUGACGUGGGAUUUUAUGAGUGCAUGGCCACAAAUCCCAUGGGGGAAGUUAAAUCUCGUAAAGCUAAAAUGGCACCUGAAGAGCAGCAGGAUGAAGUCAGAGAUGAACAUUUUUCAGCUCACGUCAAGCCUCGUUUCCUUCGGCUGCCAAGUGAUGUGAAUGUGACUGAAGGUUUGCCUGUUGAAAUAGAAUGCCAGGCAUCGGGAAUUCCCAAACCUGAUGUCAUAUGGACAAGAAAUGAUGACCCAAUAAUUGAAGGUCCAAGGAUUCAGGUAUCUAGUCGUGGGACAUUUUCCAUCUCCUCAGCGAUACGAAAUGAUUCCGCGACCUAUCGAUGUACUGCAGCUAACCACCUUGGUCGAAUUGCUGCAACUGCUACCCUUAGAGUUCUUGUUGCACCCAAGUUAAUAGUAGAGCCUGAUGACAAGUAUGCUAGUCCAGGUUCAAGCAUCCAGUUCACAUGCCAGGCUGAUGGGGUUCCCCCUCCCAUCAUCUCCUGGUUUAAAGAUGGUCAACCCAUUGUUCCUUUUGGAAGUCUGACUAUUUCUUUACAUGGUAUUAGUCUUGGCGUGCAGCAUGUUAAACCUGCAGAUGAGGGAGAAUAUACCUGCCGUGCUCAGAAUGCUGCAGGUAUGCAGGAAGCAUCAGCAACACUCUAUGUUCGGGAUAAGGUAGCUCCUGUUAUACGCAAAGAACCUCGAGAUGUCUCAGCAGUUACAGGUCAAGAAGUAAUUGUGUUCUUGAAAGCUGAUGGUCGACCAAAAAACCUUUAAAUUAUUUUUCAGCGUGACAGGAGUCGUUCACCUCAUCCUCAUGAGUUGCUUCGCAUAUUCCGUUUCCCUUCUUCUGAUGGACGGGAGAUAGCAAGGGCGACUGAAAUGAUUGAGCAGACUCUUAAAAUUGUAAUGAGGCAUGUGGAAUCAGGCAUGGUGUUUAAUCUUACAACGUUCAGCUACCAGGAUCUUCUUUCUCCUGAAAAGUUGUAUUUGCUGAGGAACCUCUCUGGGUGCUUGGCACAUCGUCGAACGGUCUACUGUGAUGACAUGUGCUUUCAUGCAAAAUACCGCACUAUUGAUGGCACUUGCAACAAUCUCCGCAACCCACUGUGGGGAGCAUCCUUGACGGGCUUCAGACGUGUUUUGGCUCCUGUUUAUGAAAAUGGAUUUAAUACACCUGUUGGUUGGUCAAAGACAAAAAGAUACCAUGGGUUCUUCAAGCCCAGUGCAAGAUUAGUUUCCUCUAGAAUUAUUAGCACGGAGGAAGUAUCACCUGAUCACCAUUGUACACACAUGUUGAUGCAGUGGGGACAGUUCCUUGAUCAUGACCUAGAUCAUGCACUUCCUUCUAUAUCUUCAGAAAGUUUUCAUGAUGGUGUAAACUGUCAGAGGUAAGUGAAUAACAGCAGUCUGCCUAAACUUG